UCGAGCAUUUUACUGAAGUUAAGUGUGUAUGUUUUAAGAUGUCUGGACGAGGAAAGACUGGUGGUAAGGCACGCGCCAAGGCCAAGACUCGCUCUUCUCGAGCUGGGUUGCAAUUCCCCGUCGGUCGUGUUCAUAGGCUUCUGAGGAAAGGCAACUAUGCUGAACGUGUAGGCGCUGGUGCUCCCGUCUACUUGGCUGCUGUGCUCGAGUACUUGACUGCUGAAAUUCUCGAGUUAGCCGGGAAUGCUGCCCGCGACAACAAGAAAACCAGAAUCAUUCCUCGUCAUCUGCAGUUGGCUGUGCGUAACGACGAGGAGCUCAACAAGUUGUUGGGUGGCGUCACUAUCGCCCAAGGCGGUGUGCUGCCGAACAUUCAAGCAGUGCUUCUACCGAAGAAGACUGAGAAACCAGCUAAAAGCAAGUAAACUACGGCGAUACAUUUAUCCACACCAACGGCUCUUUUCAGGGCCACUCA